CUCUCUCUCUCUCUCACACACACACACACACACACACACACACCAAGAUCUUUAUCAAAUAUCUCUCUUUCUCUGUGUCCAAAGAGGCCAAGAUGCAGCAAGCAAUUCCCUACAGAACAUGGCAACCCAUACCGACUACCAGUCGGAUCGACGCUCCACCGAACAUGGACAAGCUUGACGGAGACAAAACCACCAACCCUUCGGACAGACUGAGGAAUCUCAUAAAGGAGAACGCGGUUCUGGUACUAGGACGACGUGGGUGCUGUAUGUGUCAUGUGGUGAACCGGCUUCUUCAAGGCCUUGGGGUGAACCCUGUUGUCUACGAAGUGGAGGAAGAGAAGGAGGUGAGCGUGGUCGAAGAGCUGGCAGGGAUCUCUGGCGGCGAUGAUGAUCGACGGCUGCAGUUUCCGGCUGUCUUUAUAGGAGGGAGGCUCGUUGGGGGCCUCGAUCGACUCAUGGCCGUUCAUAUUUCCGGUGAUUUGGUACCCAUCUUGAAAGAAGCUGGUGCUUUGUGGCUCUAACUCGUUCUCUCUCUCUCUCUCUCUCUCUCUCUCUCUCUCUCUCUCUAUUUCUGUUUGUUUUUUUGUUUGUUUUGGAGAGGAGUGCAGAAUUCUGUAAUUUUUUCUUCCUGAGAAAUACAUUCCAUGGAAAGAGUUUUUUGUA